UUGAGGUGUGAUUGCAGCCAAUGAAACCCAAAUAGAGGACAUGAGGCACAAACGGGAGUUGAUAUUCCGCCUGAUACAUAACAGCUGCGCCUUUCACAUUAGUGAACACUUCAACGCUUGACGACACUGCGCAAACAUUUAAUGAGGAAUACAAUCAUCAUCAAAUCCGGCGUUAACUCUCAUUCAUCAGGGAUCUUUUUACUGGUGUUUCUUUACAUUUACCCCGUGAUAUUCUAUGCAUGAUGUCCGUACAUGCACUGCGUAAAAGUGCAAGCUCCAGCUGCAGUAACAUGGCACCAGCAUCACUUCCCCUUACAUCUUCAUUUCUGCCUGCAUCUCCGACGCAUUGAUGGAGGAUGACGAUUUGGAGUUGCUAGCGGGAUAAAUCAUUAACAUAUUUGAAAUGCCGGCAUUCUCGUGUGCCUUUCCUGGCUGUCGCAGGGAUCUCCUGGUAAUAGUUUUAGUUGUGUUAGUGGGCAUUGGAUUACCUAUUGAAGCCUCUGCCCCUGCAUAUCAAUCGCAUGGGACUGAAGGCUCACAUUUAACUAAUAUAACAAAUACUAAAAAGGCAUUUCCUGUACUUGCCGUAAAUUACGAACACGUACGAAAGCCUUUUGAGAUCGCGCUAUGGAUCCUCCUCGCCUUAUUGAUGAAACUUGGUUUCCAUCUGAUCCCGCGUCUGUCUGCCGUGGUCCCAGAGAGCUGCCUGCUGAUCGUGGUGGGGCUGCUAGUGGGGGGGCUCAUCAAGGUGAUUGGAGAAGAGCCCCCAGUACUGGACUCCCAGCUCUUCUUCCUGUGCCUCCUCCCUCCCAUCAUCCUUGAUGCUGGCUACUUCCUGCCGAUCCGGCCCUUCACAGAGAAUGUGGGCACCAUCUUGGUGUUUGCGGUGAUAGGUACCCUGUGGAACGCCUUCUUUAUGGGGGGCUUGCUGUACGCCUUGUGCCAGAUCGAGAGCGUCGGUCUGAGCGGAGUUGACCUGCUGGCCUGCCUGCUCUUCGGCUCCAUCGUGUCGGCCGUGGACCCCGUGGCCGUGCUGGCUGUGUUUGAAGAGAUCCAUAUCAACGAGUUGGUUCACAUCCUGGUGUUUGGGGAGUCCCUUCUCAAUGAUGCUGUCACAGUGGUUCUGUACAACCUGUUUGAGGAGUUCUCCAAAGUGGGGACGGUCACUGUAUUGGAUGUGUUCCUAGGCGUGGUGUGUUUCUUCGUGGUGUCCCUAGGAGGGGUCCUGGUGGGGGCCAUAUACGGCUUCUUGGCAGCCUUCACCUCUCGUUUCACCUCUCACACCCGCGUCAUCGAACCCCUUUUCGUCUUCCUAUACAGCUACAUGGCCUACCUUUCCUCCGAGAUGUUCCAUCUCUCUGGUAUCAUGGCUUUGAUAGCAUGUGGGGUUGUGAUGCGGCCCUAUGUGGAGGCCAACAUAUCCCACAAGUCCUACACCACCAUCAAGUACUUCCUGAAGAUGUGGAGCAGCGUGAGCGAGACACUCAUCUUCAUCUUCCUGGGCGUGUCCACGGUGGCAGGGCCACAUGCCUGGAACUGGACCUUCGUCAUCACCACCGUCAUCCUCUGUCUGGUGUCACGAGUACUGGGUGUGAUUGGCCUUACAUUCAUCAUAAACAAAUUCCGUAUUGUCAAGUUGACCAAAAAGGACCAGUUCAUUGUGGCCUACGGUGGCCUGCGAGGGGCCAUAGCUUUCUCCCUGGGAUACCUGCUGUCAAAUAGUCACCAAAUGAGGAACUUGUUCCUGACAGCAAUCAUCACUGUCAUUUUCUUUACUGUGUUUGUGCAGGGUAUGACAAUCAGGCCCUUGGUUGAGCUACUUGCUGUGAAGAAGAAGAAGGAGAGCAAGCCUUCCAUCAAUGAGGAGAUUCACACAGAGUUCCUGGACCAUCUCCUCACAGGAGUUGAGGGUGUCUGUGGCCAUUAUGGGCAUUAUCACUGGAAGGAGAAGCUUAACCGCUUCAACAAGACCUACGUGAAGAGGUGGCUUAUAGCGGGCGAGAACUUUAAGGAGCCUGAGUUGAUCGCCUUCUACCGCAAGAUGGAGCUGAAGCAGGCUAUUAUGAUGGUGGAGAGUGGUCAGCUGCCCUCAGUUCUGCCCUCCACCAUCUCCAUGCAGAACAUCCAGCCCAGAGCGAUUCCACGGGUCUCUAAGAAACGGGAGGAAGAGAUCAGAAGGAUCCUGAGGGCCAACCUGCAGAACAACAAGCAAAAAAUGCGCAGCAGAUCCUACAGCAGACACACUCUGUUUGACGCCGAUGAGGAAGACAACGUGAGCGAGGUGCGCCUACGGAAGACUAAGAUGGAGAUGGAGAGGAGGGUCAGUGUGAUGGAGAGGAGGAUGAGCCACUACCUCACUGUUCCAGCCAACCGGGAGUCACCUAGGCCUGGAGUCAGGCGAGUCAGGUUUGAAUCAGACAACCAGGUUUUCAGUGCUGACAGUUUCCCUACUGUCCACUUUGAGCAGCCUUCCCCUGCCAGCACACCUGACGCUGUCAGCCUAGAGGAGGAGGUACCCAAGAGGCCUAGCCUGAAAGCAGACAUAGAAGGACCCAGGGGUAAUGCGUCAGACAACCACCAGGGCGAACUGGACUACCAGAGACUAGCACGCUGUCUAAGCGACCCCGGUCCCAAUAAAGACAAGGAGGACGACGAUCCCUUCAUGUCCUGUUAAAGAACAUCUUUUAACAGCGCUUCAAAUGAGGAGAAUGAGGAGAAUAAUCGGAUUCCACUAUUCCUUAAUUCUCCUCUGGCACUUACUUGUAUGAGAUGGAGAUUUUUCUAUGGCAACAUCUCAAAGUAUCUCAUCUAUCGAAGGACAUUUCUAAUUUAUCUCUGUGCCGUUGUUGUUGUAUUUCUCAUAUUUGGGUCCUUGUUCUUUGGUAUUUUUGAUGUAAUAUAAUGUGAAUAAUUUGCCAAAGGUUCACGUACCAAUUUUUCUUGAACCAUUCUUCAAUAUCAUGAAAUCAUGACUCAAGAUUUGUUUGUGUUUCAGAUAUUUUUUUAAAUGUUUUUUUGUUAUGUAAAAUCACGGCUUCCUUUUAGAGAGAGGAAUGUAGGUGUUUGUUAGCACUUCUGUCUUAAUACGUUUUCACAUGAUAGUGCUUCUCAUUCACUUUAUUCACAUGAAUAUUAAAUAUGUUUUCUCAGGGACUGCAUCACAGGGUAGCUGGCCAACUACCCUUAGCAGCCAGAAAACACACUCCUGGUAACUAUAUAAAUACAAUUGCAAUUUCCAGUAUGUCUUUUGACUGGAUAAAAGCCUUUUCAUUGGAAGCAAGUAGCAAAAUAGAUUGCAUAUCACUCAAAGUAAUCGCACUCAUACCUUGUCUCCACUGUAUUUGGGUCUGAAGCGGUCAAAAUCCAUUUAGACUUGUAAGUGAUUGUCUAAAAAAAGGAAGUUGCCAAGUUGAAUAAUUUUUUAUAAGAAAGACAAUGCAGGCCUAUUUGAAAUGGGUUGAAUUGUUAGCAGUUUGUACUGAGAGGUAAAACAAGCUUUACAGAUAAUAUGCAUCAGAAAUUAAGAUGACUUCCUGACUGAGUUUAACAAUAAAGUGGUCAUAAAAUACAAA